UUCUUGAGUCACAUCUACCUAGACCCUCUGAAGUCUGGAAUCGUUGAUACCUAAAACCAUGCGCGCCGCACUACCAGCCUCAUCUCUACGAGCUCUACGUAGUUCGAAUCGAGCAACGUACCUCAGCAGCUUCUGUAGGCCUGCUUCUAGCCGCAAUCUCCAUCAAUCAGUCCGAAUACCGGCCAUCACUACAUCGCAGGCCCGCCACCGACCAACAUUGGAGCCUGGUUAUCAGAAAGGCCCUUCCUUCUCUCUACGAAAUCGGACGAUAUACAUUCAAACACAGUCGACGCCCAACCCGUCGGCCCUCAAAUUCCUUCCAAACCAUCCUGUUCUACCAGAAAGUUUCCCCUCUACGUUUCUCGAGUACACCUCUCCUCGUUCGACCUUAGCUGCUCCGCAUCCGUCUCCACUUGCUGCGAAGUUACUCGAUGUUGAUGGUGUCUCCUCGGUGUUUUACGGCCCUGAUUUCAUUACUAUUACUAAGGCAGAAGAUGUCAAUUGGGCGCAUAUAAAACCUGAAGUCUUCAGUCUCAUUACCGAGGCAAUUACUUCAGGAGAGCCUCUUGUCAACACUGUCGACAAAGGUACUUCCACAGAAGGUCAGGAGGGCGUGGGUGAAGAUUCCCUAGCAGCCAACGACGACGAUGACGAGGUUGUGGCCAUGAUCAAAGAGCUGCUGGAGACACGAAUCAGACCGGCCAUUCAGGAAGACGGCGGAGACAUCGAAUUUCGAGGAUUUGAAGACGGCAUGGUGCUGUUAAAACUUCGUGGAGCUUGUCGGACCUGCGAUUCCAGCACAGUGACGCUCAAAAAUGGGAUUGAGUCAAUGCUGAUGCAUUAUAUCGAAGAAGUCAAAGGCGUCAACCAAGUUUUGGACGAAGAGGAAGAAAUCGCAAUGAAGGAGUUUGCCAAAUUCGAAGAGAAGCUCCGGCAGCAGAAAGGUCCAGACGCAGCACCAUCGACCGUGGGCAAGGGCAGCCUAGAUUUCGUUGAGUAAAACCCGCCGCCAUGGAGACUCAACCGGUUCAAGGACCUGUGGCGAAGAUUUUGUUGAUUUUGUGCUAAGGCCGGUCACCAUGCACGACUCCUCGGCUUCUGGAGACGAUUAUCAUGAUUCGGCGGCAGAGCAGUCGGCCCAUGGUCCAUGAAGUGGAGGUUCGCUCUGCAAUUGGCAUGCACGCUCGCAGUUUCGCGAAUCAAACAUCUGAAGGACCGCAUGUCGGAACGGUCAACAUUAUUAUACGACCUCGUGAGGUACAUUCUGCACGCUUUCUAGGACUAUUCAUUACCAAAUGGUGUUUGGCAGGACCGGGGCUAGGCCGGUGCCGCCUUUGACCGCAAAUAUGGGAUCUCCAUGGGAUACCAUAUUACGAACUUGGGCUCAACCGGACAAUGGCGAGCACCGAGUCAUGUGGUUACGGACCCUCGGAAAUGGCAAGCCAAUAGUCUUAGAAGCUGCUAGGAAGACAAAGGAUCUCCUCCCUCAGACGACCGGGAUAGCCCGUCGGGAAAGGAUAAGAAGUUUGGAGCGUGUGGCAAUGCUCAUGAAAGCUACGAAGUAUCAUCGAACCCGGAGUGUGACUGUGGAUAUUACGAAGCACAGAAGCCGCAGCGCGCAUGCUGGGCGUUAAGCAGGCGUUGAUCAUGGUGGCGAGGGACCAUUUUGGAUGUUGGUCGACGACUCAUAGUCGCCUGCCAGGACCUAGAUGCAUCACGAUACGGAAUACUGGCAGGUGAACUCGGAUUCCUUAGUCCCCGGGAAAUCCAAUAUACCAGCCCAACUCGGUACAGUGUGGUUCAUUGUUCAAUAUUGGAUGGCUGCUUCAAGGCAUUUGGGACACUGUUCUACGUCAUUCAUAAAGGAGCCGUGAGUGAAUGGUUUGUAUGUAGUCGUGCAACACUCCCAUCCUGUUGCUGACUGUUUGAUGGCGAUCUUCGUGCCCUGCCCACCUUGCUCUUUGUGCCCUCGUUCUUGA